AUGAAACGACGGGAAACGCUAACACGGAUUUCCUUUUUGCCGGAAAGCAGCCUUGUAGGCACUAGCAGUGCGAUUGAGAGUUGUACACACCCGUUCAGAAGGACGAGUAGGGUGAGGAUACCCGCGUACCGAUCGCGAGCCGAAGAUCAACAGAAGAGGCUUUCCGUAGGAAGGCCUCUUCUUUUUCCUAUUGUUUUCUCCCUUCAGCGGAGUCUGACAGCGCUCGGUGAACGUCAACCGGGGCAAGAGAUUUGCUGGAACACGAAACGACCGGCGAACCGCUCCAAGGCUGCGAGCAGGGCCGGUGUGACCCGAUAUCCGGUGGAAGGUCGACGAUUCCCGCCGAGACGACAUCCAGACGCGCAGCGAGCGAAGAGGGGACUGCGAGCUUUCCUCGGAGUUGGUCACAACGGGAAAUUCCAGUUUUGUGACUCGGGCUGGCCAAUCGGUGCAGCACUUGCCAGUUCUAGUGCAGUCGAUUCCCACCCAAGUGCCGUCAGGGUUCGAACUCGCCAGCGUGAGCGGAAUCAACGGAACCGAGCAGGAGAGCACGGUCGGGACGUCGAUCGUCCGGCGCGGACUGAGCCAGGACUACGGAUGCGGAGCUGCGAAGGCGUGGCGAUAGUAGGAUGGGUGCACCCAAAGUGAGUAGAUAAGAAAAUGAUUAGAAUUAAGGAAGAAAACCUCAAGUAGGAGCUAGGGUAGGAGUAAGAGGGCGAUAUGGCCAGCAGAGCCGAAUAAAAUGUUUAUACAAUGAA